AUGGUCGACUUCUUUAGCAAGCCUGUUCUUGAUGACCCGCCCCCGAUGGAUGGUUUAGCCGAUUCGCAACAGAAAAUCCCUAUACAGCGCAUGAUGGAAUCCCUGGGAAGCUCAUGGAAUGCUGAAAACUUCGUCAUUUUGCAGUCGUCCAUUAAUCUCAACAAAGCACAGAUAUGGAGAAACGGAGGUGCCCGAUCAUUGAAGAAAUUCAAAAACGAGAUAGUGCAAAACCCUACCGAGGCCUUGGAGAUUGUCAGAGACACGGUCGCGGUUUACAACUACCUGAGAAACGGUGCAGUUUGGCAAAAGUUCAAAGCCAUUAAUGAAAAGGUCCGUGAAGAGAUGAAGCGUGCGCAGGAUCAGUACAAGUUGAACACUGUCAAAGACAACCGCCUUCAAGAAUGUUGGGAUGCCUUUAUGGAACAGCACAUGGAAAACUUUGUGGCCAACGGCCAGAGCUGGAUUAAAAGCGCCAUCAAACUCGUGGGGGACCACUGGGUGCCUUCUAACUUUGACAAUCCAGAUGAUCCGUUCAUCACACAAGUUUGCCAGUCGAUCCAAGAGGUUCUCUCUCUUUUAGAGUCGGCUGCAGCUAGAUAUGUUCAAAGCUUUGACCUUGGGCUUGCUGACGACUCUAUGAAUACGUCUUGA